CGGCUCUUGCUAUCCGCCUGCCGCCUCUGCUGCAACAGCCGGGCCCCGGGCCCAUGAGCUAAGCGGCACCGGAUCUGCACCCGGGCCACCCGCCUGGGCCCGACACCGUUUGAAGAGGCAUGGGGGGCUGCUGAGAGCUUGUCUCUCUUCCUGCUGGCAUCUCCUGGGGGCACUGGACAUUGGAUUCAAGCCAGCUGCCAACCAGCCGCGGGUACUACUACUCCCUGGUCUCGGCGCCUGACACAACCCUUCGAUCUGCCCUAUUUCGGUUCUAAGCAUCCCUGCGCUACCCCCCGCCCGUGGCCCGGACACCUGGGUCCUCCCGGCGGUCCCGGCGGGGGCGGGGGGGUUGGGGUAUGAAGCCGCUGGAAAAAUUUUUGAAGAAGCAGACGUCGCAGCUGGCUGGGCGGGCUGUAGGAACAGGACCCGGAGGGGGUACUGGGGGGUGUGGCGGACCUGGGGGCGGAGGGGGAGGAGGGCCUGCGGGAGGUAGUGGCCCAGUGGGGGGACCCCGACAGCUGCAGAGACGCCAAAGUGUAUCUCGCUUGCUGCUCCCUUCUUUUCUCCGGGAACCCCCGGCCGAACCCGAGCUGGAGCCGCCUACGGAGGAGGAAGAGGGAGAACCUGGCAGGACCGCUGGGGAGCCAGUUGGAGGGGCACCCUGCUGGUUGCAGCUGGAUGAAGCACCGGCGCCCGGCCCACUUGGAGUAGGGGGGCCUCUUCGCUCCCCUUCCUCCUACUCAUCGGACGAGCUGUCCCCAGGGGAGCCCCUCACUCCACCUCCCUGGCUGCCCCUGGGGGCCCUCGACCAGCCGGAGCAUCUACUGAACCGAAUCCUAGAGCGGCUGGCUGGAGGGGCUCCAAGGGACAGUGGGACCUCAGACAUUCUGCUGGAUGAUUUUGUCCUCACUCACUCGCUCUUCCUCCCUACUGAGCGCUUCCUGCAGGAGCUCUACCAGUACUUUGUUCAAUCAGACGGUACUGAGGGGGCUGAGGGGCUAGGCCGGAAACAGGCAUGCUUAGCUGUGCUCCUCCACUUUCUGGAGACAUAUCAAGGACUACUGCAGGAGGAAGAGUGCGCUGGUCGAAUCAUUAAGGAUCUAUAUCUGCUGAUCAUGAAAGAUGAGUCUCUCUACCAGGAUCUCCGAGAGGACACCCUGAGACUACACCAGCUGGUGGAGACAGUAGAACUCAAGAUUCCAGAAGACAGUCAACCACCCAGCAAGCAAGUGAAGCCACUCUUUCGUCACUUCCGCCGAAUAGACUCCUGUCUGCAAACUCGGGUGGCUUUCCGGGGCUCAGAUGAGAUCUUCUGCAGAGUCUACAUGCCUGAUCACUCAUAUGUGACAAUCCGAAGCCGCCUAUCAGCCUCAGUGCAAGACAUCCUAGGUUCAGUGUCAGAGAAGCUGCAGUAUUCAGAGGAGUCAGCCGGGCGGGAGGACCCCCUCAUCCUUGUGGCUGUGGCAUCCUCAGGAGAGAAGGUCCUGCUACAGCCCAGUGAAGAUUGUGUCUUUACCACCCUGGGCAUCAAUAGCCACUUGUUUGCCUGUACCCGGGACUGCUAUGAAGCACUGGUGCCCCUCCCUGAGGAGAUCCAGGUAUCCCCUGGGGACACAGAGAUUCACCGAGUGGAGCCAGAGGAUAUUGCCAAUCACCUCACUGCCUUCCACUGGGAGCUGUUCAGAUGCGUGCAUGAGCUGGAGUUCGUGGACUACGUGUUCCAUGGGGAGAGGGGCCGACGAGAGACUGCCAACUUGGAGCUUUUGCUUCAGCGGUGCAGCGAGGUCACCCACUGGGUGGCCACGGAGGUUCUGCUCUGUGAACCUCUCGGGAAGCGAGCACAGCUGCUCAAGAAGUUCAUCAAGAUUGCAGCCAUCUGUAAACAGAAUCAGGACCUGUUGUCUUUCUAUGCUGUGAUUAUGGGGCUGGAUAAUGCUGCUGUCAGUCGCCUCCGGCUCACCUGGGAGAAACUUCCUGGGAAAUUCAAGAACUUGUUUCGAAAAUUUGAGAAUUUGACAGACCCCUGCAGGAACCACAAAAGUUACAGAGAGGUUGUAUCUAAGAUGAAGCCACCAGUGAUCCCCUUCGUGCCUCUGAUCCUCAAAGAUUUGACAUUCCUGCAUGAAGGCAGCAAGACUCUCCUGGAUGGGUUAGUCAACAUUGAGAAGCUGCAUUCAGUGGCAGAAAAAGUGAGAACAAUCCGGAAAUACAGGAGCCGGCCCCUCUGUCUGGAUAUGGAAGCAUCACCUCACCACCUGCAGACAAAGGCCUAUGUGCGCCAGUUCCAGGUCAUUGACAACCAGAAUCUGCUCUUUGAGCUCUCCUACAAGCUGGAGGCCAAUAGUCAGUGAGGGUGGUAGUGGUGUUGGGGGUACCAGUCCAGUUACUUCUCCGGGAGCUCCUGGUACCCACACCUGGCACUCAAGCACUUUGCACGUGUGUCCCUCUCCUCUUCCCACCUCCUCCUUGCUCUGACAGAUCUCCUUCCUCUCUGGAGGGUUGGUUAGAAAUCAGCUUUGUUGCACUGAGAUCUUAUGCCUGUCCCUUCCAGGCUACCUAAAUUUUUAUUUUCUAGAUUCCUCUUCUCCUUCUGCCUCUAUUCCUAGCCAAAAUUGUACCCUCCCAUCUCACCACCACCACACCCCCCCCCCCCCCAAGACAGUGAGAAGAGGUGGAAGUUUCCUCUUCUGUCCCCUUCCUGUAGCAGGAUCAGUCUGGGGAUGGAAUUUCCAGUCCCCACCUCCUCAGGUAGGAAGGAACACUGCAGGUUAGGGUAGGAAAGGAAUUGUGGAGGGAAAACCAGCAGCCUCCAUAUUUGCCAUACCUCUUAGCUUCUUCUCUUGUGGUCCUGGGACCCCUCUUUGCUGUGAAGGGAGAGGGACUCCCCCCACCCCAAAUCUUUAUCUUACCCCUUGGUACAGCUCUCCCUUUCCCAGGGUUAGUUGGGGGAGUUGUUGUGAGAAAGGAAUAGGAUCUCCAGCUAGCAAAAUGGGGGUGCAUUGUACAAAGUGAUCUCUGCUGUUUGGUGCUACCCUUGUCUGCCUUGGCCCUGGGAGGGGCCUGGGUGUUUUCUUUAUUCUCUCUUCUCCACCAACCCCUUCCCUGUUUCUACUCCUACUCUGCUCCCCAGGUGCUGCCCUACAUGCCCAGGCUUGUGGGUGAAGCUCUCCCUGGGGGCAGGGAGCAGCAGCAGGUGGGAGGUGUACCCAUGAGCCCCUGCGCAAUUCCCUCUGUCCUUCCCUCUCCCCCAUUUCCCAAAUAUCCCUGGGUGGGGGUGAGAGGGCAGCAGAUGCUCAGGGAAACAUAGACUUAAGCUGCCUAGUGUACUCAUCCCUCUUCUCCUGGGAGGUAUAGAAGAGGGAAGUGAGGCACAGAGUCAGGAGUUAAGGGUCCUUGCUGACAAAUGCCACCUUUAUCCUAUUUUAUUUGCUUUGGGGUAUCUAGUCACUGAAAUGGGAAUUUUCUCUUUCCCUGCUCCACUCCCUACCCUACCCCCAAAUCUCCUUCUGUUCCCAGAACCUGGCACAUAGAAGAUGGGAAGAUGGAUAUCUGUGCCUCUCCCUCUGUUUCUAUUCUUUCCUUUCUCCCAGUCAGGGUUAGGGUGGGUCUGGCUUCUCAUUCCUUGGGCAGGGGACCCUCUUCCCCCAAGAAGAGGAGGCUCUAAAGGCAGAGAAUGGACCUUGUGUGGCAAUGCCUUUGCUACCUCUCUCUCUGUCUCUCCCACUGUGGGCCUCCCAGGUUGGGAGUCAAGGGGGUGUAGGUACAGAGGCCCCAGGCAGCUACUGGGCAUGGUUUCUUGGCACUACCCUGCCCUCUUACCUGGCUCCUCCUCCCCCUUUUUGUGGCAGCUGUUGCUGCUUCUUUUCCUUUGAGAAUGUAUAUAUUUUUUACCAAAUGCUCUUUAAUUGUAAAUUUAUUUUUUAAAACAAAAAGAGGGAAAGAGCCUUGUAUAAUAUGUAAUGCUGUAUCAUAAGUAACAUGUACAGUCCCUUUUAUAUGGCCCAUCUGUCUUGUUCUUGCUACAAAAUGUCCCUACACCCACACGCAGACACUACCAUAAACUCCCACUCUACAUAUUCCCUGUUCCCGACUCAUCUCCCAAUCCCAUCCCAUCUGUGCAAUUUCCUUCUUAAUCCCCCGUAUCUUCUUUCCCCAAUGCCACUGAAAAAAAAAAAUAUAGCUUUUUUGCCAUGCUCAGACCUCCUAACUCUCCCUCUCUCUUACCUGUUGUAGUAUCCUCCUGCCCUUCCCUGCUCCCACGUAAACUUAUACAAGUGUGUAUGAGCGUCUUAACACACUUGUAAACGCAAUCACUUUUGGUCACACUGGCUUCCCUCCAAUCUCCUCACCCCCUCCUUCCUUAUUCUCACCCAUGUAUCCACUGCCUCUCACUGCCUGCCUCUGUUCUCACCUCCCAAACCCAAUCCCUGUCCCCUCCCCAGACAACGUUAACUGAAUGAAUGGUGUGUACUGUGUAGUUUUGGUUGUUGGGCGGAAAAAGGCCAAUAAAGUCUCUAAACUAA